AUGUCGGAAAAUCCUCUUCACCACUAUGAACAAUCCUCCGAAGGUCUUGACGACGCCGAUUACCAACCCCAAGAAGACGAAGAAGAAGGUACAUUUUACAACAACGACAUCCCUGCUGAAGCACAACCUAUACCUCAACGUAACGUUGCUGAAGAGCUUAGUGCUCUUCACUCGGCCAUUUCCACUCUAACUGAAACAGUGGCCGUCAACCAGAAACGUCCAAACGGGGACACUACAGACAAGGAACCCCAGGCGAAACGACACAAAAAAUGCGUAGACAAGGAAUUACUACGAAGAAUGGAACAACGCAUCCUCCAGCUCGAAAGAAGUACUCAACAACUCACUAAUACUAUCCAAAACUGGAACCAUGCGGAACGUCACCAACAGCCCCCGCGCCGUGACGCUUCGGCAGAACAGCGUCGAGAUCCUUCCCCACAAGACGAGAGACGUAUGCAAAAAAGCAAUAACUGCACCUUCUGUAGUGGAGACCAUUGGCCAUCGGCAUGUACACAAUACAGAACCCUAUCGGAAAGACGUCAACAAUGCCAAGUCAGAAACCGUUGCGAACGUUGCCUACGUGUUGCUAAUCAUCUAACCAUUGGCCAUCGGCAUGUACACAAUACAGAACCCUAUCGGAAAGACGUCAACAAUGCCAAGUCAGAAACCGUUGCGAACGUUGCCUUACGUGUUGCUAAUCAUCUAGUCACGUCUUGUCACAUUGAGCUACAAUGUUUCUACUGUAGACGUGAUCGCCGCGCUCACCUUAUGAAACGCCACAAUUCGGCUUUCUGCCCAUAUCAGUUUCCCAUAAUUACAAAACAACAUCUUGGAAUUCAAAUAAACAUUUUAAAAUCCCUCCUACAAGAAGCCAAUGAAUAUUGUGCACCCUGGCUAUUCCCAGUGGAUUAUGUACCACUUAUAGUCUUUAUUACUUCAAAAACACUAAUAGUGAAAGACUUGAAAAAUAAAAUUACUCAGCAGAAGGACCUUAUUUGGUCCGCAUACACCGAAGCGUACACUGCUCUAGCAGCAGAAGAACUCUCAACUGAAUUCGAUAUUCUUUGGAAUGAAAUACAAGGAGGAACCUUACUUAUAACGGCGGCCACUGUAACUCGCAAUCUCGAGAAAAGAUUAUUGGAGCUCAAGUGCCAAAAAGCAAUUCAUCGACAAUACAAGCGUGCAAGAUCUUUUACAGGCAACCCCACAACAAUGCAUUACACACCCUAUACUAACUUCCACCACGAACAGAUCCUACAACAACCGCACACCUUCCAACCUUCUACUAGCUAUGUAGCCAAACCGCUUUCUACCAAUAUACCACCCGUCACGACAUUAACAGAAUGGACGCUUCAAGCGUCAGUUAACACUCUUCAUACGACAACUCAAGACCACAACUAA